CAUCGCCCAAAACUCCAGCCACUGUUAGGAAGCACCUUUCCCUCUCAGCUGGGCCGCAGUCUACGCUAGACUGUCAGCUGAGAUCCAGCUCUCAUCCUCUGAGCUGUUGCUGAGCUGAGGUGCUGCUGGCAACUUUUGGUCUCGAUGUGCACGGGAUUAUCAGACGUGCAUAUUUUUUUCUUUUGUUUUGUCUUUUUUUCAAGGAGACAUUGUUUGAAGUGAGAAGCAGAGGAGCAUUUUGUGUGACGUUUUUUGUGGUGUUUUGUUUUUAAUUACCCUUUUUUUGUCGUUCCUUUGGGAAAUUGUGCUGUGGUUUUUGCUUCAUCCUUGCACCGGUUUCUUGCAUGCAAUGGAUCACACUUUGUUCGGCUGUUUGCGCAGCCCCCACGCCCCUCCACAGGCCCUGCACCCUGCUUUCACCCUUCACGGACGCUCCGAGCAUCUCUCCACCUACCCUGACCUCUCCACCAACUCCCCCUCUUCUACCUGCAUCGUGAGUGGGUACCCAGGUGAGGAGGGGGGACUCUUUGGGGGACACGGGCAUCAGCGAGGGCCACACCUCUCCCAGCAGCAUCACCAUCUACCCCAACCACAGCAAAUGGGCUGGCACAUACCCCAGGUGCCCAGCGCCUCACCCGCCAGUGCCCGCCUGGGACUAGGCAUCUCGGCCCCUGAUUCAGGCUCUUCAGCCAUGGGUCCCGGGGGCCCGAGCCUUUGUGCCAGUACACCGAGCCUCAGUGGAGGAGUGCCUUCAGGGGCCACCUGUGUGCCCGGUGGGGAUUUGGGGCAUCAUACGAUGUCCCCAGCUGAAGCAGAGAAAAGGAAUAGCAAACGGAGAAGUGACAGCUCUGAGUCCCAAGAUGGGAAUUACAAAUCAGACGUGAGCAGCAAGCCAAGGAAAGAGCGGACAGCAUUUACAAAAGAACAGAUUCGAGAACUGGAGGCAGAAUUUGCUCAUCACAACUAUUUGACGAGACUCAGGCGGUAUGAAAUCGCUGUAAACCUGGAUCUCACGGAAAGGCAGGUGAAAGUUUGGUUUCAGAACAGACGCAUGAAGUGGAAGCGUGUGAAAGGAGGCCAGCAGGGGGCGGUAGCAAGAGAGAAAGAGCUUGUGAAUGUGAAAAAGGGGACGUUGCUUCCCUCUGAGUUUUUGGGCAUUCCUGGACUCCACCACACACCGGACUCUCUUGUCAACAAUGAGGACAGCCACGACAGUGACCAGAGCUCUGAGCAUGCUCACUUAUGAUACACACAGACAGGGGCGUAGAUUCCAGGGGGGAGGGGGGAAACAACCCCCCCCCAAUAAUCAAAACAAGCAAGUACACCCCCCCCCCCCCCCCCAUUAUUUAUACCAUAAUCUAUGGAAACAUGUAAAUGCUUCACUCUGCAACCUCCUAAUGUUUGAGGCAGAUCUAUGCCCCUUGCAUACAAAUCAGCCUUUUGAUGCUUUUCUGUGGUUGGACUGAGUUAGGCAUUAUGUUAGGUGCAGAAUGUACUAAGAGUACCCACGAACAAACAAGGACUGCACAGCAGACCGCACUUGCCAAAUAGGAAGAACUGCACCACAUCUCCUUUCAGGAGGACAGUUCCUAUGAGCGCUCAAAGUAGCUAGCCUACUAACUGAGUUAUACAUGCUCAUAAAUAUGUAAAAAUUUACACAGGACUGAUGUUUUGUAUGUGUAUUUGGAUGAUACAGAAAAUGUGUGAUAUUUUGAAAUCAGUAUUUACAAAGUGAAAGUGCCUUGCUAGUAGUCUGAGAAUAUGUCCACAUUAAUCCGGAUGCAUUUGAAAACAGCGUUUUUGUUUUCAAAAUUGUUUUGUUUUGUUUCCAUCCACACUGCCGUUUUCAAGCGUUUUCCAAAAGUUGCAUGUCCACAUUAAAACGUAUGAAAACUCUAAAAUCCCCUAACUGCACAUGCAAAAAAUCCCCAUGUCCUCAUGUUCUAUCGCUGAACAGCAAUUCCAAGUAAACUUCCAAUCGCCUUUGAAGGAAUGCAAUGUGAAGGUUGUACAAAGUAACAUUCAUCUUUAACAACACUAUCAAUGUGAAUAGCAGGCACAACGACGCCGCUACAACGUGGGCCGCCAUCUCGAUUGAUUUGGGUUGAAUGGAUCAAAUGACUGCGUCACAUGACAACAAAUACGUCAUUGUUUUCAGAUAUCUCCGUUUCCCCUGUCCACAAUAUAACUCGAAAAUGUGAUUUUCAAAUGUAUCCACUUGGGCAGGGGCGCAUUAAUGCACAAGCUUACACUGCCUGAAGCCCAGGGGCUCACAACUCCCAGGGGAGCCCCUUUCACCCCAUUCUCCCACAUCAACAUUCAUGGGAGGAGCGCAUCUAAAUGCGUUCAGUGGAAGAAGCUGUUGUAAACACAGAGAUGGUGCUCAACAGUGAAAGUCAUCUGUCUAGCGCAUGUUUAUAGAAUAACAGUCCUAUCCCCCCACCCACCCCCCUGUUGGUUCGACUGGCAGGAAGGCACCGUGGAACGGUGAGCCCAUGGGCCCCGAAGUACCUUAAUGCACCCCUGCACUUGGGAGAGCAUUUUCGAAAAGCUCUUUUUUCGCUGUCAGAAAUGCAGUCUCAGUGUGAACGGAAGGCCAAAACGUAGAAAAAAGGAUGUGUUUUCAAAUGAAAACGUAUUAGUGUGGACGUAUCCUGACCGUUUGCGAAGUAUUAGUGUGGACGUGUCCUGACCUUUGCGAAAAUUUGUACACAUUUCAAAUGUGCUGCCUUGAAGGUGCUUUAAGUGAUAUUAGCCAUUUCAAAAUCCCAAUAGUGUCCCGCUGUCAGAUUUAGUUGUGAUUUUUUUAUGCAUCUUUAAAAUACCCUUCCACUGCUUGUUUACUUGAAAGGUGGAACCUAGCAGUAUUAAAAAUGACUGGUUGAAUCUGGUCAAAACAACAUUCCGUUCCGGUGAGAGAAUACAGGUGUAUGUUUUAGUUUGCACUGUCGAAUUCUGUGACUUAAUUGAUUUCUACUGUAUGUUCUUAUACAAUUUUGAUUCAAUGGAAAUCAAUCUCUUAAGCGUGCAGGAGAGUCAAAAACAUUGCAGCUAAUAUUAUAUCAUGUAAAUAUCAAUAUUCAUAAUUUUUAUAUGCACACAAUACCACAUGCUUCAAAAAUAAAACGUUCUUAUGUUGCAUGGAUGUUUUUUUUAUCUGGGGUGAGCUGGUGCAAGACAUUGUUGGAAGAAUGAUUUUAGAAAACUGCUACCAAUUACAAUGAACUGUACUGACUGCCUGUAUCUAAUUAUUGAAAUCUUUAUAUCAGCUCAGUUUGCUCCAGUUUAUGUAUUUACAUGAGAACAUGCAUUGUUUUAAACUGUGAAUGAGCUUCUCUCAUGGCACUCAUGAACAUACAAUGGACAUCAGAUUUUCACUGAAAAUAACUUAAUUUUGUGUUUUUUCUCACCAAAACCUAUCGUAUGGCUUCAGAAGACUUGGAAUAUGAAGCAUUAGUUGCACAGACUACUUUUUAAAUACAUUUCAGUGCUUUUUUAUGCUUUAAAGUGAAUGAGUAUCAUUACAAUUUUUCCUUUUGUGUUCCGCAUAGGAAAGAAAGUCAUACGGGUUUGGGAUGACAUGAGCAUGUGUAAAUUAGACAGAAUUUUCAUUUCUGGGUGAACUGUUCCUUUAAUGCUAGUAGUAUUUGGCUGGUCGUGUGAUGUCAGUAUGGUGCCUCCAUGAUGCAGCCUACCUCCAUUAAAAAUUUAUAUGAUAGGAGUCUUUUAAAAGUUUUUGGGGUUACAAUCAUUGUUUUAUGUGAGGGUGAAUGUCAAUGAUGAUUUAU